CUGCACGCAAAAGUAUGCUACAAUUUUUGCUAAAUCCUGAGUGUUUGAUAUUUGUGUACCAGCAGAAAAUGUAGACAUUUUCCACCUAAGUGCGGGUGUGUGGGUGUGAAAUAAAUGCAAAUUUAAGGUGCAAGUGCUGGAAAUUCAGCACUCCAAAAUGAUUUGUAGAUAACAAAAUUAAGAAAAAAAAAAUGGAACCGAGAAUCAAAAAUGUCAUCAAUUAGUGAAAAUAGGAAAACAUUCCCAAUGAAAAAAUGGGAAUUAGAAAUAAAAUAAGUUUAGCGAAAAUGUGAAAACUAAAAUAUUAAAAGCACUAAUAUUUUUGGGCGCCGUAAAAAGUGAAAAACUUUCAAAAGCAAAGAAAAAGUGAGUAAAAAACGUUUGGCAAGCCGAAAGUUACGAAUAACCAAAAACGAAAUGACACGCAAAAGAAUUGCAAAUAAUUAGAAAUGUAAUAAUACGUACUUCAAGUAAAUAAAAAAUAUAUUUAAAGCAAAGCAAAGUAAAAUAAGAAAAAAUCAGACCACUUAAACAAAAGCGCACCAAUUAGCCGCACGCUGAGCAAAAAAUAGCAAAGAAAGUAAUUGAAAGCAAAUAAAACGCAAAAGAUUACGCCGGAACUGUGAAUGUAUCCGAUAAAAAUCCGUAGCAUAAAUGAACUAAACGCCAAAACAUUAACCAAAUACUAAAAUUGAGUGCUGCUUUCAGGCGCCGACGGCGCUGGCGUAUACGUAACCACGAGCACUUAGCAGCAGGCCACCAGCCAUGCGGAGCAGGUAGCAGGUCACCAACAAAAUGCCAGUAAGAGCCGUAGGAAGUAAAAGCAGCCAGCCAACUAAAUAUUAAAAAAUUCAUCAAUUAAUAUUCAACGCAAAACUUGACUGACUGCGUGCGACAAUUGUUGUUGCUGUUGUUGUGCGUUCUUUGUUAAUCUGCUCAAACAGCGUUUUGCCUCGACACGCACCCUUCACGUACUUAGUACUAACAUAGCGCGCGCACACGCAACGACUUUUGAUAGAAAAUCUGAAAUUACACUGCGUUUAAGUUUUAUAAAAGUGUAUGUUUUUUUUUUUGUUUUUAUUUAAAUUUUUGCUUGUUUAUACUUGUUGUAACUAGCGGCAGACGCACGCAACACUACGACCUGCUGUGAUAGGGGCUGCAUAGAUGAGGCACAGUGAAAAUGAUGGUGGAAAUAAGAGGUCCCGCAGCACACACCUAGGAAGAGAAAUAAGUAAUGGUUAGAAGGAGAUAUAUAGAGAAAAUUAAGAAAGUCGUCGAAUACAAAUGAAGUGCAAAUGCUUGCAAACGAAUCAUUUCAGACUAAUCAAGCAGAGUCAGUCUAGCUGAAGCUAACUCAAAGUCCAUACAACUGGGCUCAAUAUCUGUAUGUAGUGUAGAGCGCAGAGUUAGUUAGUACCUGCACCGCAUGAACUAUUUAAACAAACCAAUCAGUUAUCCUGCCAUUAAAGUAUAAAUAAAAAACGUGAGGAAUUCGCAACGACACCAAAUCCAGAGAAGCAGCGAAAAGAAGUUAAAAACACAACUGCUAUUCUCACCAACUAUAGAUUAGCUAAUCUUUCUUACACAAAAAAAAAAAAAAAAAUUGGAUGCCCCGAAUUGAAUUCUAGCGAAAAUUGUGGUAUACGAUUUACAGAGGCUCCAAGUGUGCUAUGUCCUAAUGCUAAAAAUAAAUCUACUGAAUGUAAUCUCAUCAGUGGCUAGAACGCUAGGAAAUGCCAGCGCAGCAUCAGCAAGAAAAAAAAAUACUAAUAGAAAGCUUCAACACAAAAGCAACCUAAAAAAAAAAGUCUCAAAUAACGUCAUAAACUACUAAAGUCCAUAUAUGCUCAACUGACGCUUUGGAACAAAAGACGGCAGCAACACACGUAAAGCGGACAAAAUAUUAAUAAUAAAAGUUGUAUAAACGAAUCAAGCAGGCAACCCCAAUCAAGCAACCAACCAACCAACGCGCACGCCUACGCCACCAGCAAUAACCAAUAAACAAUAACAAAAGCCAAUCGCAAUAUUCAUCCAGCUAUUCACUUCGCACAGCUAUGUACGUGUAUGUAUGUAUGUAUGUAUGCAAAAUGCUGUGAAUUGUAAAUGCGCCCCUCUGGCAUCAGCGACAGCAACAUUGCCUCGUCAUCGUUAAAUUUAUUAAAAUAAAGCAUAGCACAUUAUUGGCUGUAUUGGUAAAUAUAGAGGCUGUAAAUCAUCAAUAUGGCCUUUAGCGGCGGCAGUGCAAACGGUGUCAGCAGCAGCAGCAGGAGCAGUGCUAGUGGCUGUGGCAGCAUAUCAGUGUGGGAUAAGUGUACAACAGUGAUGCUGUUACCGCGCGCACGGCUCAUCACCCUCUGGCUGGCAUUCAAUUUAGCGCUGAUCGUGCAAGAGCCAAUGAAGAAAAUCGCCUCAGUCGAUGCAGCGACCUCCCGUCGAAGUCGGAGUCACCAUGUAUGUGCUAUCGAUCAGCUCGCUGUCUGAAGUUAAAAUGGACUUUACAUUGGAUUUUUACUUUCGUCAAUUUUGGACCGAUCCUCGUUUAGCGUAUAGAAAACGGCCUGGUGUAGAAACACUAUCGGUUGGAUCUGAGUUCAUAAAAAACAUUUGGGUACCUGACACCUUUUUUGUGAAUGAAAAACAAUCAUAUUUUCAUAUUGCAACAACAAGUAAUGAAUUCAUACGUGUUCAUCAUUCUGGAUCAAUAACACGAAGUAUUAGAUUGACUAUUACCGCUUCGUGUCCAAUGAAUCUUCAAUAUUUUCCUAUGGAUCGGCAGUUGUGCCACAUAGAAAUCGAAAGCUUCGGUUACACGAUGCGAGAUAUCCGUUACUUCUGGAGAGAUGGACUGAGUAGUGUUGGCAUGAGCAGUGAGGUCGAACUACCGCAGUUCCGCGUUUUGGGACACAGGCAGAGGGCGACCGAAAUAAACCUAACCACAGGAAAUUAUUCGCGUCUCGCUUGUGAGAUACAAUUCGUACGCUCGAUGGGUUACUAUCUCAUCCAAAUUUAUAUACCCUCUGGACUGAUCGUUAUUAUAUCAUGGGUAUCAUUUUGGCUAAAUCGUAAUGCCACACCGGCUCGUGUGGCGCUCGGUGUUACCACCGUGUUGACAAUGACCACACUGAUGUCGUCAACAAAUGCAGCAUUGCCAAAGAUUUCAUAUGUCAAAUCGAUUGACGUUUAUCUAGGAACAUGCUUCGUUAUGGUCUUUGCCAGUCUUUUGGAAUACGCCACGGUCGGCUAUAUGGCAAAACGAAUUCAAAUGCGAAAACAAAGAUUUAUGGCGAUCCAAAAAAUAGCUGAGCAAAAAAAGCAGCAACAAAUGGAUGGGGCGCAACCACCGCCCAAUCCCAAUCCGAGUGCGGGCGAUCAUGGACAUGGGCAUGGUCAUGGCCACAGCCAUGGUCAUCCUCAUGCGCCAAAACAAACAGUGAGUAACCGACCAAUUGGCUAUUCAAAUAUGCAACAAAACGUUGGUUCGCGCGGUUGCUCGAUAGUGGGACCCUUGUUCCAGGAGGUGAGAUUCAAGGUGCACGAUCCGAAGGCCCAUUCCAAAGGCGGCACGCUAGAGAAUACUGUGAACGGUGGACGUGGCGGACCGCCGGUUGGCCCACCCGGACCCGGACCCCAAGGUGGCGGUGGCGGUGGUGGUGGUGGAGGCGGCGGCGGGGGCGGAGGAGGUGGUGGCGGUGGCGGCGGAGGUGGAGCGCCCGAAGGUGGGGACGCCGAAGCGGCUGUACCAUCCCAUUUAUUACACCCGGGCAAGGAUAUCAACAAGCUGCUGGGCAUAACGCCAUCAGACAUUGACAAAUAUUCGCGCAUAGUGUUCCCCGUGUGUUUCGUUUGCUUCAAUCUGAUGUAUUGGAUCAUCUACUUGCAUGUCAGCGACGUGGUUGCCGACGAUCUGGUGUUGCUGGGCGAGGAGAAGUAAGAUGAGAAACGCCGCCGAGCAGAAAAGCGUAAAGCAUACAAGAAAAGGCAGCACAGAACAGAGGACGUGCUGUGUCGCGCUAGGCGUGUACCGGUUGAGGCGAAGUCAUGUCGAAGACAGGACGAGCCAGGGGAGUACAGCAGCCAGGCGAAUCGCACUAAAUUAAUUAAGUUUAUAUAUUAAGCAAAUACACUAUAUGUAGACAAAAAAAAUUAGCAUAAUUAUUAUAUGAAUACUCACACGCACUAGAAGAUUAAAAAAAAACAAAAAAAAAAACACAAGCAUAAGUAUGUUUAUGUAUUAGGAAAAUCAGCAGAGAAACGACGAAAAUUAGCUAAAAAUUAUUUAUACUAAGCAGAAAAAAAUAGUGAACAAACAGGUUAAGUUGAAAAACUUCGGAAAUAAAAUCAAAAUAAAAAUGAGUUAAAGUCUAAAUGAGAGCACGAGAGCCGCUGCAGGUGUGCGCCAUAGCAGGCAAUUACACUGAAAAAAAAAGAAAAAAUCAUUUAAUAUUAAACUAUACUUUAUAGGCAAAUAACACAACGUUAAGUGGAACGCUAAAGCGCAUUGGCUAAAAAACAAAAAAACAACUAAACAAAACAAAAAUAAUUAUAAUUUAGUAAGUCGUAUAAGCUCAAAAAAUAUUAACAGCAAUAAAUAAGUGAGUGUAGAGCAGAGCAUUUGAAUGAAAUAUAAUGAAUUAGAAACUAAUGAUUUGUCAGCGAAAAACGUUAAAAUUAAGAGAAGUGUAGUUAAAAUAAUGUUGGGCAGGACUUUGAAAAUUAGUAAAGUUACACGAAACACGCAUACACAGGCACCACCAAUAAAAGUACAGUAGUGAGAGGCGUGAUGCGAUGGCACUUUAACCUAAAAAUAACAACUUCGGCUUGCUGAUGCUUCCGGUGGAUUUUGACAUGAAAUUCCGUCAUACCUUGUCAAUUUUCAUUUGAAGAACA